GCUUGUCAGUCAACGAAAAUACAACCCUGUAAUGGCGUGUGUUUGUGUACAAGAAUUAUCAAAAGUAAAAAAAGAAGAAAAUUGACAAAAUUUUAAUUAUUUUUCGUGAAAAUUCAAACAAUUUUCGUAUAAACUUAAACAAAAUAUAACUAAUACACGCUCAAAUUGCAAAUAAACAUACAAUUCAUAAAGAAAUGCUUAGAAAACUUGUAGAAAUGCGGUAUGAUAAACUUUUCAAAGUGUAGUAAAUUUUUUUUGCAACGAAACUGACGACACAGGAACGACGGCUUAUUUGAUCAAGAAAAAAUUGCAGUACCAUAAAAUGGUUAAAAAUUCACAAUAUCCAUGCUUUCAUAAAUUUACUAACAUAAAUAUUCAGUCAUUUUAACAAAAUAUCUGUGAGAAACAAACAAAUAUUGCAAAAAAGUAAAGGAAUAAAUUCAUCGAGAAAAAAUAUUCAUCGUCAAAGAAAGUGAGCGGUGGUGCAAAAAAGAACAAAAAAAACUUGUGAACAAGAAGCAGCACAAGCAGCAGCAUACAUUAGUGGCGAAAAAUAAAAGAAAAAGAAUAAAAGCAUUUACCAAUAAUACAAAAAAUAUAACGAAAAACUAAUAGAAAGAAAAUAGAGUUUCUUGUUGUUUGUGCAAUUGAUGCAAUAAACCAGCAUAGAACUCUCCAUAAAAUAUAUACUUUUGGAAAUAAAGAAGAAAACCAUAAAAUACUUAAAUCUUGUUAAAAGAGCAAACGGGAAGAAGAAGAAACGGUGCUCAAGCACCAUUAUUUGGUGCUUAGCUACCCCCCAAAAGGUGCUUCUGCAGAAAAUGUUAAACUCUUUGCCAAAAGCCACAAAGAUGGCUUCAUAAUCGAAUCAAAUCACUAUUAGCAGCAAUAUAAGAAUUCUAUACUAAUACCAUUAAAAUCUUAAAUUGGACAAUGAAUUCAAUGAUCACAGUAUAGUGUACUAAUAUCCAGAAAACAACGAUAAUCAAUUAGAAAUUUUUUUAAACAAAAGAGUAAAAACAAGACAUUUGGGUCAGCAGCACCCUGGUCAGGAAACAGCAAAUACCACACCAUAUUUUCAUAGCCUGCCCUUUGAGAGCAGGCCUUUAUAAAUAUUGUUUCUUCCCGGCCACGUUAAAUAAAAGCUGCCACCAUUCGGAAGAAAAAUACAAACAACAUGACCCACAAUAUCGGUAUGGCGCCAUAUCGUUUGCCGGGUCCAGCGGGAGGUAUAAUGCCACCCGAUUUUAAACCACCACCUCCAUCAUCGGAUAUAAUCUCGGCGCCGAGUAAUCCGAAAAAACGGCGAAAGACAUCGAAUGCCAACUCAGCAGCGGCAGUAGCGGCGGCCGCAGCAGCUGCAGCCGCUGCUGCCAACUCUAUGCAGCAAUCACAAGCACCUCCCACACCACAGGAUCUGCUGCCUCCACCACCGAUGGGGGGCUAUGGCGAUACGAUAGUGGCUUCUAAUCCGUUUGACGAUACACCGCCCAGCAUGUCUAGUUCGAUGUCCGCAAUGAGUCACAUGGGUGGCCCACCAGGACACUUUGGUCCCGGUCCGGGACCUCAUAUGGGCAUGGGUGGUCCUCACGGUCCUCCUCCGCACAUGCAUCCUCACAUGCACCCACAUCAUCCAGGCGGCCCACCACAUCCACAUCAUCCCAUGGGCGGACCUCCGAUGCGCGGUAUGAGUCCGAUGGGUAUGAGCAGUCCCAUGGGUGGUCCAGGUCCCGGUCAUCCCAUGGGACCAGGAGUUGGCCUGCCUCCACAUAUGAAUCACGGUCGACCUGGCGGUCCUCCAAUGGGUAGUCCUAUGGGCGGAAUGGCUUCGAUGGGUGGUAUGAGUCCCAUGGGAGGUAUGGGUGGUCCAAGCAUAUCACCGCACCACAUGGGCAUGGGUGGGCUAUCACCUAUGGGAGGACCAGGAUCGAAUGGUCCUCGUGGCAUGGGUUCGCCAAUGCCAGGUGGGCCUGGUCCUGGCCAAGGCUCACCUAUGAAUUCACUGCCAAUGGGUUCACCAAUGAGCGGCGCUAUCGGCAGUCCUCUGGGACCGCCAACGUCUCAACAAGGUCCUCAUCCGCAAAAUCAGUCUCAACAUCCUCCGCCUCACAUGAAUAACGGCCAAAUGGGCCCACCUCCCAUGCACAGUCCACUUGGAAAUGGACCGACGCAGCAGAACCAUAUGUCUGGAGGUCCAGGACCUGGCCCUGGACCCGGUGGACAGCUACAGCCCCCAGGCAUGGGUCCAAAUCAAGGUGGUAUCUCUCCUGCUCACAGUAUGGCCUCAAACACAAGUGGCAAUAGCAAUAACCCCAACAACAGCAACAAUAACAACAAUCAAAAUCCAAUGCUUUCCCCUGCGGCACGACAUGGUAUACCACAAUCACCGUCAUCCAGUAUGAAUGGACCCCUGCCGACUUCAUCUUCCUGUACGUCCUCCUCAUCAAGCUCAGCGACAACGACGUCCACUGCGUCAACGUCAGUGCCUACAACUUCGCCAGCGCCAGGCAACGGACCGAUGGCGAUGUCUCCACAUCAUCAAAUGAGUGGGAGUGGGCCUGGACCUAGUCCUGGUCCCGUUGGCAUGAACAAUAUGAGCGGCCAUGGACCCAGUCCCCUAGCCUCUCCAGCUUUACCUGGUCAUCCGAAUUCAAACAGCAGCAACAACAACAGUAAUACAGGUGGUAAUAAUCCCAUGAAUAAUAUGGGUGGUGCUAGUCCUCAUAGUAAUAACGGGCCUAUGGGAGGACCCUCAAUGGGUGGACCCAACAACAGCAACAACAAUAAUGGUAUAAAUAUGGGCGGUGGUGGAAGUGGUGGACCGAUGCAACAACAAAUGAAUCCUAAUGUUCCUAUGCAGCAACCGCAACAGUCACCGCACGCAAAUAUGCCCAUGGGCAGUGGCGGCUCCGGCGGCAAUGGUCCUAACUCAAUGGGUAUGGGUGGCCCCAAUCAGAUGUUACCUCCCCAACAGCCAUCGCCGCAUCUCAGUGGACCACAACACUCACAACUCAUGAAUCAUCACGGUGGUCCCGGUGGAAUGCCUUCACCUCACAUGAUGCACGGUCCUGGCGGCGGCAUGGGCCCUCAAAUGGGCAUGGGUGGAGGACCACCAAAUCACAUGGGUGGACCUCAUCACAUGAUGAGUGGCGGUCCACAUCACAUGGGACCUGGUCCUAAUUCGCAUAUGGGUAAUAUGGGUCCUGGUAUGGGACCCGGCGGCAUGAAUGGUCCACAUCAUCCUCACGGGCCACAUGGGGCUCAUGGCGGUCCUCAUGGUGGUCCUCAUGGUGGCCCUCAUGGAGGUCCUCAUGGUGGUCCUCAUGGCGGUCCUCACGGCGGUCCACAUGGUGGCCCUCAUGGCGGUCCUCAUGGUGGUCCACAUGGUAGUCCUCAUGGUGGCCCACACGGCGGUCCACAUGGUGGUCCUCAUGGUGGCCCACACGGCGGUCCACAUGGUGGUCCUCACGGCGGUAUGCCACCUCAUCAUCCUCAUCACAAUCCAAUGGGCGGAGGACCACCUCCUGGUAUGUUUGGCGGUCCUGGUCCCGGUGGUCCAAUGGGUCCUAUGGGCGGACCGAUGGGUGGUCCAAUGGGACCGGGUGGCCCACCUAAGCCAAUGACAAUGGGUGCGGGCAAAAUGUAUCCUCCUGGUCAACCGAUGGUUUUCAAUCCACAAAAUCCCAACGCACCUCCAAUAUAUCCAUGCGGCAUGUGCCACAAAGAAGUCAAUGAUAACGACGAAGCUGUAUUUUGCGAAUCUGGUUGUAAUUUCUUUUUUCAUAGAACUUGUGUUGGUUUAACGGAGGCCGCUUUUAAAAUGUUAACAAAAGAAGUUUAUGCUGAAUGGUGCUGUGACAAGUGUUUAUCCACCAAACACAUACCAAUGGUCAAAUUUAAAUGUUAAAAAAACCGAAAACUAAA